AUUACCAAAAUUUGUCCAAUUUUUUUUUUGUUCGUUUUUCUGUUUGAAGGAAGAUGGAAUGGUUCGGUGUGACGAAGUACGGUGCGUCGGAUCCGAUCAAAGACAUGAUGCGAUCCGAUUACGAAGAGCCGACGGUGCAGAAGGACCUGUUCGAGGCGUGGAAAGCGGGACUGCUGAAGGGCAGCUUCGUCGAGUGGAUCAAAGAGAUCGACAUUUACAUCGGACAGGCGGACGGUUACGCGUACAAAUCUUACGAUAGGCUCCUGCGGAUGAGAAACAAAGGAACUUUCAAGCCGGUCGGGCCUACCGAGAUGUACAGAUACCGGGGAUGCAGUUCGAUGGCGACGAGCUGGUUCUUGGACGACGACGCUCUCAAGAAGGAAACGUGGCAUAACACGAGAAAUCCAUAUAGAUAUUGA